AGGAGGAUGACGCGGAGGCGGAAGCGGCUUUAUUCGGGAGCUCUGAUAGGGCGAAGCCUGGCCAGCGCGCGGUCACGUGGCCCCGCCGCAUUCGCAGCUUUCGCCAGGGGAAGCGGGUCGAGACCCCCGCGCGUGCGCAGCUUGAAUGGGUGGGGCAGAAAGAUGAAGCUGACGGAAAAGUUGCCGGCCGAGGAAAGGCUGAAGGUGAGAACGCGGGGAGGGGGAGAAGGCUGGCCGCUGAUUGGGUAAAAAAGGCGCGCUCCUUUUUGCCUGCGUUGGAAGGUUUGCUCUGAGGCAAAGAGGUGGUUCUGAAGGAGCGACUGCGGUCCAUUCCCAAACUUGGCCCUCCAGAUGUUUUGGGACUACAAUUCCCAUCAUCCGUGACCACUGGUCCUGUUAGCUAGGGAUCAUGGGAGUUGUAGUCCGAAAACAUCUGGAGGGCCAAGUUUGGCCAUGCCUGAAAGCCCGGGGUUUUACCUCCAGCAUAUGUGUGACGGUUCACAAGCAGGGCGUGGAAAAGAUGGGCCGUCCCCUUCCCGAAUGACCCCAACAUCCCUCGGGUUUCUGAGGAGCGCUGCUCCUGUUCAUGGAGGCUCCAUUCGCUUCAUGCCAGCAGUGCUCCAGCUUCUGAAGGGUUGAUGGCUGGUGGAGCCCUGAACUGACUGCAUGGCCUCCACAGCAUGACCUGGUGCUUUUGCCCUUCGCAAUAGGAAUCAACUCCUAAUGGUCGCCCCCCCCCAAUAAAAUAAUUCUUAAGAUUGUUCGGCAUUGCCAUUCAAGUAGUGUGUGGGGGGGUUGUGUCAUGUGAUCAAUUAUGUUUGCACCCCUUGUUCUUCACUAAUGCACCCGAAAAGGCUCAAAGAUAGUGUGUUCAUAACACAGACAUGGGCACAGAAACAGCAGGUGAUCUCACAGGCAGAGCCGGCCCACCCAUGAGGCGACUGCCAUAGAGCUUUAUGGCCCCUCCUUGUUUCUGAUGUAGAUCUUCACUCACCUCUUCUUCCCAGGUGGGGAGGGGGAUGCCAUUUUGUGUUUUUUCCUCAGAUGCCAAAAUGUCUUGGGCCAACCCUGAAGACAGAUGAUUCUGAACCGUCUCCAUAUGGGGUGGGUGGGUGAUCAGAUUGUUAAGUCAGUAAUUUCAACAGAACCCCUUGCUGGACAGAGGCAUACCCAGCGUCCGUUUUAUUAAUUUUAAUUAAUUUUGCUAAGACUAUCAUUUGGGAGUGAUCAAACUGUUGAUUGCAAAUGAUGUGGUGUUGCAUAGCAAAGUAGAUGUGCAAAGAUCCUGUUCACUACUUAUAAUUACAAACAUCAGAAAAUACAACAUCUAUAAAACCAACAAAAUGCAACAUCAGUAGAACCAGCUGUCUCUUAAAGCUUUGUUUAUACUCAUUUCUUCCAGUUCUUUCACAAAGUAAUUGAUGGGAUUUGUGGCCGCGCAUACCCUCGAUAUCAAGACUAUAACACUAUUUGGAAUUUGACAGAAUGGAUGGAGGUUCUAGAACAAACCUCGGCAUAUUUCAAAAGUACCGUUGCCAAAGAUCGCUCCGAUGAAGAGGUAUCCGCACUUGUUUUGUGACUUUUAAAUAAAGACUCAGUAUUGCUAUUCUAGUUUAUGUAAUAAUAUAACCGUUAUGAGAAAGUUAUAUAUAUAUUUUUUAAUUCUCUUUACGUUAUGAGAAAGUUAUAAGCAGAGCCUUUGUGUAUCUGCAACAGGUAUCGGCUUCAAAAUUAAGCAGAGUUAAGUUCAAUUUAAUUUAAUUUAAACAGAUUAUACAUUAGUACUUCAGCCAGUGUAUUCUGUAAUUCUUGUAGAUUAUGAAAAGAAUCUAAUGAAGUUUAAUAUGUCUUAAAUCUUUCAUUUGGGAUAAAGUUCUGUUAAAGACCUUUCUUCUCAGAUGUAUUAACCUACAGCUGGUAAAACACGUUGAGCUGCCUGUACUUGAUUUUUAUUCCCGAAAUGGUUACCAUUUUUCUGAUUUUGCUUUGAUGCUCUAGAACAUUUCUUACUCUGAUAGCGAACCCAGUUGGUGAGUGCCAACAUAAAGCCAAAAUGGGGGCACUGAGAAACAAGAGGGAGAUACUAGCAUGCAUGGGGAACCCCAAGGUUUUCAGAAGUAAAAAUAAUAGUAUGUAUAUAUUUUAAGAAACCCAAAAAUGAAAUUGGGGGGAGGGAAAUUAACCCAACAAGGAGUUCAUUGCUAUAAUUGUACAGCCAACAACCGCAGAGUCAUUCCACUGCUACAUGAUUAGAAGACUCGUAAUCAGAUGAUCAGGGAUGAUGAAACAGCUGGAAAGAGGGGGGCAGGUGCAGACACCUGCAGCCAAACCAAGCAGCUUUGCAUUUGCCUCCUCCUGCACUCCCAAGUUGGAGUUUUGCCAUUCACUGCUGGAUGCCAUGUCACUCCUAGUGUGAAUUUCUUACAGUCUGCCACAUAGUCAUUUUCUCUUUCAGGCAUUUCCCUACACCAUAGCUUUGACAAAGGGGAGGCAGUUUAGGAUUUCACAGCUGAGCACAUGAAGGGUUUUGCGGGCCCAGCUGCUUGUUGCUGGUUAUCAAAGCAGUAGGAGCUGUUCUUGCCUGCGUAUCGGUGGUACCCAGUUGCAUGUGGUCCUCAGCUGCAAGACUGAGGCCCAUAUUUUAGUCAGUACUUAGAGUAAAGGUAGAACUGACGUAAUAUAGGCAUUCUGGUGGUUUUGAUUGUGCCUACAAAACAGACACAAAAAUGAUGUGGUCUUUAAAAAAUAACUCUCGUAUUUACAAGUACAAACAAUGCCAAUUGUUAUCAUACAAUUGUUAAGCCUGUUAGGUUUAUGUGUUUUUUUUCCAUUUUUGUUUUGUUUUGUAGGCACUUCAGCCAUUGGACGAGCUGAGUUCUGACUCUCAAAAAGCUGUGGUGACUUGCUUGAAAAGCAGAAAACAUGACAUCAGGCAUGCCCUGAUUGAAAGAACAAAUGGCAUCUGUUCGGCACGCCUCCUGGAUUUUGACUGGCAGCUGAAGGUUAGGCUAACAGUUUCAUUCCUAGCUGUAUAAGACUGCUAGAUCAAGGGUAGCCAAACUGUGACUCUCCAGAUAUUGCUGAACUGCAACUUCCAUCAACCCUGAGCAUUGGCUACAAUGGCUGGGGCUUAUGGGAGUUGGAAUCCAGCAGCAUCUGGAGGGUACCAUGCUGACUAUCUAGACAAAUAUAUGUGGCCUAUGAGACUUUGAAACAGACUAUGGCAGAUCAACUGAGGGGAGAGGAGGCAGCCUGAGGUUCCCCGUCCCUGCUGUAUAGUAUGUAGUAAAGGUUCCAAACAAUUGUUAUUAAACAGUUGGUAGAAUCAUGAGAGUUUGUUUCUCGUAAGAUUGAAAUGAGCCAUAGAAAGGAUGUGGGCUAUUAUGUCUUAUGCCAGGGGUCAGCAAGGUUUACCUUGCCUGGGCCGGUUCUCUCCAGCAGAGAUCCUUCCGUGGGCUGGAUCGCACAUGCCUGCGAUUUCUGGUGUCUGCGCAGACGUGAUUUCUGGCGCUGCGGAAGCAAGUCCCCGCGCCGUGCUGGUUUAGCACAGCAUGCGGGGACUCACCAAGCGGGCGGCUCUGUUCGGGGGUGGCUUGUGGGGCGGUUAAACAAACCCUGUGGGCUGCUUGUGGCCCAUGGGCCUUAGGUUGCUGACCCUUGUCUUAUGCAAUAAAUGAACAAUGUACAUAAUACAGCAUUUCUUCACUCUCCUGAAUUGGACUGGUUUACAGCAUAUUUACUGUAUGGUAUAAUACGCUGUAGCAAUGUAACAUGCCAAUAUAAUCUACAAUUCCCCUUGGAUUAUAUAUUGAACAUUCAGGUUGUUUAUAAGAUCUGCAUAAGAGGAUCUGUGUUAAAUCUAUUAUAGUAGUUUGGUCACGUUAAUGAGAAUUAUGCAGCUGGUAGUUUGCAGAACAUCUGGCCAUCAUGCAAAAUGUUUGCUCAGAAGAGUGAUUACUCUUCUAAUGUGCUUCUGUUUGCUUCACUGUGAUUAUAAAUUGGCUCUUGCUUAAAUUUGUUCUGGAAGCCAUUAGAUAAAGAGAGGUGGGUUUUUUUGUGUCUUAUUGGAGUUCUUAAAAGCAUUAUUUGUUGAAUGUGAACAUUUCAGCAGGAACCUACUUGAGAAAUUGUGAGCCUUUAAUCUGUAGCCACACGUGACUCUUCAUUUCUGAAGGGCUUGCAACUUUUCUUUAUGGCUAAGCUUUAAUUUAUUAAUCUGAUUAAUCUGCAGUUCUCUUUCCCAUCUGGCUAAUUUGAGUUCAUUAUGUGUGCAUAUCUUCAGCCUUUGUGAACAAUACCUACAGCCAGAUCACCUUCUGUACCUUCAGGUAUAUAUGUUGAUUAUAAACCCCACCAAACAUGUUUGCACCCAAACCCUUUGAAGUCUAUGGGAGUAUUUGCUGGCUUUCUGUUCUUGAAAGCGUGCUUAUGACAGCGACUGAGCAGGCUGGAGAGGCAUAUAUGGUUUGACAGGUUGUAUUAGCACUGCCAGUGAGUAUUGUAUUAGUAGUGCUAGUGACAAAUCGCAGUGAAUCCUGGAAACCAAAGAAUUACUCUGAUGGAGUAAGAAUGUUUUCUGAAUAGAUAGUCUUGCUUUAUUAUGGAUUAUUCCCUUGCUAGGUUGGGAUAAGCAAUGUAUUACACAUGGACAGCUUCUGUCUGGCCAAGGUUUCUUUCCCGAGUGCUUCUAUACUGCCUUGCUAAGGACAUAGUAUCCAAGCCCAGCUGAUUCCAUAAUGUGUGCAGUUUUGUGGGUUACACUGGGGAUCCCACCCCCUGCUAUGUUUUUGGCAGUUCUGCUUCACAACAAUCUAUAUGUAUAAAUAUGAAUUAGUGUAUUUAUUUAGGAUACAUACUGCUCUUCAAGAACAAGGCAACACAUUCUCAAACUGUACAAGGUGGCUUACAAUCUUAUUUCAGUAAAGUUUUCAUAGCAGGGGUGAGCUUCCACAAGUGUAUUCCCCACCCUAGAACAAAGGAACAGAUCCAUUUAUGAUACUUGGGUUCUGGCUGCUUUGGCCUUGGUAGAUCUGGGGGCAGAUCCCUUUCUGCAAAUCUGAGGUUAAUAACAGUGUCUGCAUUGAGGGCUCUCUCACCACACAGCUCUUCCGAGAGACAGCUCACCUGAUGGCAGCUAGAAUUCUCCUAGAAGAAGACAUGUUGUAGUUGCUCUCCUCCCUUGCCAAUAUCAGUGGGGGAACUCCUGGCCUCUAUGUUUUAUUGUCGCUUUUCGAAAGUCAAAUUCACAUCCUUUAACUGGGUUAUUUCCAGAGGAAAUUUCACUCCAGCUGAUUUGAAACCUGUGUAUUUGCUCCAUAUAGAAAGCUGCUCAGAUCUUUGUUGUUGUUUCUGAUUAAAUUUUUUUGGUCCAGGGUUCUCAGUUACAGGAGGAUACCUUGAAUGUACAUCUUCAUGACUAUAUAGUUAGUAUAAAUAACUUUUUAUCAGCCUUUCAGAAUCCGCUCACUGUUGUAAAAGUGCUAUCAUAACUGGCCUAAGCUGUUUUCUUUCUAAUUAUUUUCCUGUAUAGCUUGCCCUCUCUAGUGAUAAACUAUCCAUGCUGCAAAUGCCACUUCUAAACCUUGAUCUGGAUUUGACAGAGAAUGGUAACCUCAAGCCGUACUCCAUAGAAAUUAAUAAGGAAGAGCUACAGAACCUAAUAAGUUCACUGGAAGCAGCCAAUAAGGUGUGUAUCACAUUAUUUUAAAAAGCUGAAAUUACCCAAAUGAUUUCCCUGAUAAAACUAGCAACAGUUAUUUGUAUGCAAAGAGUACACUUUAUGGGAUAUAUCCAACAAAGUUGUCCUGUUGGAGCAAGGACCUGUCUGUGCAACAGGAUGUCCUCUCCCUCUCCUCUUCCUGCCUGCCUCUUGCCCUCCCCAUUUGCUCUGGAGGGCUGGAAGAACCCACCUUACAGAUUGGGGGCACAGGGAGAGGAAAAGGAAAUCCUGUUGCACCGAUUGAAGUCCUUGUGCCAAUAGGACAACUUUGCUGGGGAAAAGCCCUCAUUAUGUAAUAGGAACCUUAUCUGGGGCUAGGAGAGACUUCUUUAGGUCAUAUAAGUCAAAAGAUAUUUGUUUUAGGACAAGGAUGCGGAACCUGUGGCCCUCCACAACUUAAUUCAAAUGCAAUGGGAAGGCUUGCUAGUGUUAGCAGUGGGGUUAUUCAGCUGUCCUGAAUUCAAAAUACUUCACUAUGGGUGGCAAGAUAUUUGGAGUCCCUUUCAGUUCUGACUUCCUGCCCUUGUUUGUUGCCUUGGAAAUGUCUCUUCUGGCAGAAAGCGCUAUGAAAGUGAAAUAAAGCCUACUAUUUUUCAAGUGGAAGAUUACCAAUCCACCCCUUAGUUGUGUGAAAGCCAUUAGAGACUUAUUUUAUCCUUUAGAUGAGAAGACAAAAAGGCAAAAAAUGUGUGGGUGUAAGUUUGAAAUGUAUUCAAACAUUUUAAAAGGCUGUGUAAGCCGUUGUCUGAGCAUGAGAACCUACAUAGUUGUUACACGUUGCUACUUAGACUUACUGCUUCCAACUUUUGUAUUCCUCUUGAAGGUUGUUCUGCAACUGAAAUGAUUCCGCCAUCAGAAGUGUCAGUGAUAAGAAAAUAGAUGUGUAUUCUUCAAAACAAAAGGAACUGAAAUGCUUCUGAAGUGCUGAGGUUGACGCAUUAAAGUGAGAGACGGAAAGAUGUUAUUCAUAAUCUUACUGAGAGAACAACUCUUGAUGUCUGCUAGGCCAAAAUAAAUGCAAAAUCGCAUUAUGGCUAACCGGUGAACAUAACUUCGAUAGACUGCUGCAUUUCUGAGAAGUUUUGAGUGCCAUUUGUUGGAGAUCCUGAAGAAAGGGUGGGCUUUGUCUUAUCAUGUUACUAACAAGCAGCCAACAGUUACUCGAAAUAACUUGAUGCAAACAUUCCUUUUCUUCUUCUCUUGGGAUUUAUGUAACUACAUUGCAGACUAGGACUGUGAAAACUAUUUUAUACUCAAAGACACAAUUUGCUGUUAUAUUUUGGAACUGCAUAAAAAGAGGAUUUGUUUUGCAGAUUGAGCUCUGUUAAACACAAUAGAAAUGUUUCUACAAUUAAGUGUAGUGGAUUGAACAUGGCUAUCACCAGACCAUUUUAAGCAUUCUAUCUAGCUGUAGCUUGUAAUGUGCUUCUGUGUGAAAUAAAUUGAUUUCUCUUAAAUAUUAAAGUCGGGCUGUGAAACAGUACAGUUUAAGCCUACACAACUACCCCUGAUUGGUGUGAUCUGGCUGAUAUCUGCUUAUCAGAAUAAUUGCUGGUAGACUAAGUGAGCACAUUAUGUCAGCCCAUGAUUGCAAACAAUAGACUCCUUAGAAUUUGCACUAUAACCUAUAUGUAUCUAUGUAACCCACUAAAGAAAGUUAUUGAAAGAAAACUUCCAAAGCACUCGACCUUUCGCCUUACAAAGCACCCUAAACCAUUCUGAACUAGUUCAAAGAAAGUCAGUACUUUUUUUGUGGAUUGCAAGGCCGUGGGAAUUUGCUUUGAAGGUCUCUGUCUGCAAAGAGCCACAAUCAUAUGAUUGCACUUGUUUUGUUGUCUCUGUAAACCCUAACUUACUUGUGAGCUGGUCUUUGGGUUGGCUGCAAAGGUAUCUGGGUAGAUGGAUAGUGCCACACCUCUCUUAAGAUUUUUAUUUGUGUAUCCAUUUUGUUGAGAAUUAGAGAAAAGACUCACAAAUUGGUGAAUACCUAUAGUAUUGCUGGAAUAAGGUAAAAUAUCAUUUCCUAUAUAUAAAAUGCUUCUGAGUUAUGGAGAAGAUCCAUUAUUACCGCAUGUUGCUACACCAGUACUUCAAUGCCAGUAUGGAAAGGAGUAUUUUUCAAAUGCUUAAAGUGUCUGUAUGAUUGACUGAUAAAACAUGACCUGAGAAGAGAUGUAGCAAUCAUUUUUUCAUGAGUUUUUUAAAAAAGGUAUGGGGAACAGAUUUUUCAUGGUUUUAUUUACACACACACACACACACACACACACACAGCGCCUCAUAAUGCAUGCUUGAAAUCUCUGUAUAAAAUUUCAAGCUGUACAAUGGAAAAGUUUUUAAAAAAUGUUUAUUUGGUUACUAGGAUUACAUCAGCUAAUGAAAUUUACAUUUUAUUACAUUUUCAGAAGCUAUGAAAACUGGUUUAAUGAUAAAACUUAAAUAAUGCUACUUCUUUUGCAUCUUUCCCCGCCCUGCUCAUUCCUGCAGCAUUUAAAAGGGAAGUCCGGAAAAUAAAAUACUGAGUAAAAGAACAAGGGGAUGGUAGUUUCUGUACUACAGCAAAAAAACAAAAGACCCCCACAAUUUCUCUGAGUACUGUGUUUCAGAAUUGAUUUUUUUCCUAACAUACAUAAAGACUAAAAUCAAAAUAUGUGAAAAAUCAAAGUUGGGACUGGGUAAGGGCACCAGGGCACUAGGCAUGCUGACACUUCUAAAAAGGGGAGGCUGAGAAAUCUUCAUAGUUAAAGGAACAGCCAUACAUGUGAACCUGAAUGUUAUGUUGCGUCCAAUAUGUGGAUGAACAAAUAUUCCAUUGUAAAUGAAUAGCGUGAUAUAAAGGAUGGCUCUUGUGCAGCUUAUUGGAUCAGAAUGAUGCAAUCCUGGGCCAUUUUAAAGAUCUGCAAUCUGACUAUGCCCCUGAUCAGUCUGUGAUGUUGCAGUGAGUGGUCAGUACUAUUGAGAUCUGGGUCCAUAUCCUUCCGUGGUCAUGAAGGUCACUGGGUGGGUUUGAGAAAGUAAGUUAGUAUUUAUCAACUUGUCUUGUCUUGUAGGAUUGCUGGGAGGAUUAUCCCAGGUGUACACUGCAUAAAGGUAAAGGUACCCCUGACCGUUAGGUCCAGUCGCGGAUGACUCUGGGGUUGUGUGCUCAUCUUGCUCUAUAGGGCGAGGGAGCCGGCAUUUGUCCGCAGACAGCUUCUGGAUCAUGUGGCCACAUAGCUGUCAACUUUUUCCUUUUUUUUAAGGGAAAUCCUAUUCAGAAUAAGGAAAUUUCCCUUUAAAAAAGGGAAACGUUGACAGCUAUGUGUGGCCAGCAUGACUAAGCCGCUUCUGGUGAACCAGAGCAGCGCACAGAAACACCAUUUACCUUCCUGCCGGAGCGGUACCUAUUUAUCUACUUGCACUUGAUGUGCUUUCGAACGGCUAGGUGGGCAGGAGCUGGGACUGAACAACGGGAGCUCACCCCAUUGCAGGGAUUCGAACUGCCGAUCUUCUGAUUAGCAAGCCCUAGGCUCAGUGGUUUACACCACAGCGCCACCCGUGUCCCUUUGCACUGCAAAAGUGUAUACUAAAAAUGAGAGAAAUAGGUGAACACAGGCCAUCAUUUUAAUAUAAGGUGCAAUUUAGGGUUGUUUUGUAAAUAAGCAAUUCUAAACUACAAAUGGCUGUCAUUACAAGGAGACCCAGUUAGCCACAUGAAGAUUACUUUGAAUGCCACUCCCAACUGUGUCUUGGUUUAGAACAAGCAGUAGAGAAGAAUGGUGUUGAAGAGUGAAUACUGUCUGCUUAACAAGGAUCAUGAUCCAUUAAUGUUUAGGGAGCAAGCAAAUGUGCAUUCACUUUGGGGGCAAAUAAGUAACAUAUGAAAGGUGGUGAAGAAAUAUAGCUUGUUUUUGUCUUGGGUGAACUAACUUCAGUUCUCCUAAGGCUGUUAAAAAAGUGCCCUUUCUGUGCAGAUUCGUAUUUUCUUAGAUAUGGGUGCUUAGCCUGUUUAUCUACAGACACUAGAUACUACAAUGUUAAGUACUUCACAAAAUGUAAGUUAUGGGGUGACAAAUAUGAUAGACAUCGUUUAUUGAAAAGGAUGAUUCCUCUGUCACACAGCUGUUAUUCUUGUGGGUUUCUUUUGCCAUGAUGCGUGGCUUGCAAAAUAUGUACAAAAUACGCCCCACCCCCCAAAGCAGUGUUUUGAAUGAAGGCUGCAAGAACAAGGUCACAAACCAGGGAGUUUUCUGGCACCAGCCCUUCAUUGCUGGACAGAAAGGUGUGUUUUCCGCACAUGUGAUCAUUUCUCAGGAGUGUCGUCUUGGCCAAAUCACAGCACCUGCACACUGACUUUUGUUAUAAACAUGGUCCAGUAUGCAUGCCAAAGGCAAAAAUCUAGCACAAAUAUUAAACAUUGAAACCUUUGUUUAAACAAAGGAUGGUGAUAACACCGUUUUAGCUGUUGCAAGGUUUAGAAGAAAAUUUCACAAAUGCUGCUAUGGAACACACUGCUUUUUCUUGUUUUGCAGUUUAGCUUUUAAGAUCGGCAAGAAUGAACUUUGCACCUCAAAGUGAAAAGAUACCACUGCUCUGUUGUAAUGAAUGAGAACUCAGCAAGAGUAAAUGGAGCUUGUACAGGAGACCUUCCUGGUGACCUUUGUCCUAUACUAGAUCAGUUGAAUCAGCGUAUGAAAAUAAUCACAGUAUUGUGGGCUUUACAUGUUUUUUCCCCAAAACAUACAAAAAUGUACAGUUACUCCCAGAAAACACCUUUGGAAAAAUAUUUGAAAGAACAUUUGUGUUGACAGCAAUAGAGUCUAGUGCUACAUUAUGCAGGAUGUGCAAAAACAAACAAACAUGCAGUUAUAUACAGUAAGGAAACAGAAGCCUAACAAAAAUUAUAAAAUGCGCACACUCUAAAAAGUUAAGACGUGGGAUGUGUAAAAAGCAAGUACAUAAAUUCACAUUGCAUUAACAGAUCAGGAAUUUUAAUCAGAAAAUGCAGCAUAUCUGUAUACAAAAUAGAAAAGUUAAUCAUAAAAAAUUAGUCUAUUUUUCCUCUCUUGGCAUUUUGUUGAUUUUAUUUCCUAGAAAUCUUUCCUUUCGUUUUAGAAAACAAAUAUUUAAAGGGAUCCUUUUAGCAAGUGAACUCCAGAAAUUGCAUGUAUAAAAGCUCUUUCAUGUCGAAUAAAUGGUUUGGAAAACGUGUUUGCAUGAAAAUUCAGCUGGAAUUUAUAAGUUUUUAUGAAAAAUUAACUCAAAAUAGUUCUUUAAAAUACGUAAAUGAGAUUGAAACGAGCCACAGAGAAAGGCUGCCCCCCCACCUUCUUAAGGAGAUUCUGUAAUGUGUGUAAUUGUAUUAGGGCCUUGUUUUUAUUAGACAAAUUCAAAAAUGAAAAACAGUUACUUGGAAAUAGUUCAUUUGUUGCUGGAAGUGCGUUUUGAUGACUACAUCAAGCUGGUCAGGAACAAUUGAAAGUUGUGAAACUGGCUUGGGGAAUAUAAUCUCGGUGUGUAGAUGUUUUAGAUAGAUUUGAACCACCGUAUCAUCUUUGCCUUUGGAUAAGAGUUUCACCUUGAUGGCCUCAUCCUAAUAGCAGCCAUGGACACCUAAUACUCUAAAUUGUUUAGGCCAAAUUUUUAGAUUUCUUGUGGAUUGAGGCCUGUAGAGUUCAGAUACGUUGCCUCAGAUUCCAUCCUUGAAAUAUUUCCAUUAUUUAUCAGCUGCUCAAGCCACAACGGCAAUCCUCCCCAUUUCAUUUUUAAUUAGUUGGCAAGUUUAUACAUAAAAGGUUUAUGGAAUUGUUCUUCAAUAUACUUAGCAAGUACUGUACAAGGUCAACCCAAGCAAUCCUGGCUAACAAGGGGUUACACCAGGCUGAUUCACUGGUGUCUGAAGGCACCAAUGGUAGACCAGGAGUAGUGAUGGAAGACCAAGAAAGUCUCCAUCAUGUGCAAAUGCAACCAGGUGCCAAAGGGGCAGCUCCAUGCUUAUGCAAGGAGGUCCUGAUCGCUUAAUGAUACGACUUGAUAGGAAUAUAAACCAUUAUACUGCAACCUGUCUGCAUAACUUGUGACCCACCAAGCUGUUUAGCCAAGAAUCUGAUAGAUCUCAAAUUUUGCUGCCUGCCUGUGACUGCACAAAAGGGUAGGAUUAUUGAUACAACCUGUAGGCUUAGCAAAACAUAAGCUGUAGAGACCUGAUUACAGGACAAGCCAACGUGGUACCCUCAUUUUUGGACAUUGGCAACUGGGGGGCACUGUAUUGGUUACCACCACCCUACCCUACCAUGUUCUUCUGUGUGCAUUCAUGUAGAUGAAAAUGUAUCUGCAGCAAAAGGAAUACAGAGCAGAUUAUUGACCAAGAACAAAGCUUCAUUUUAUUGUUCCUUCCACACGCUAAUAAAACUAUAUAAUCA